AAACCCAACAAAAAACAAAAGCUGAACGAGGGAGAUGGGGAGAGGUAGGGUUCAGUUGAAGCGGAUCGAGAACAGUUCGAGCAGGCACGUGACGUUCUCAAAACGCAGAAACGGGCUGCUCAAGAAAGCCAAUGAAAUCUCAGUGCUCUGCGAUGCCCAGGUCGCUUUGAUUGUCUUCAGUUGCAGGGGCAAACUUACUGAGUUUUCCUCUCAUUCCUCCAGCAUGGAUAACAUUCUGGAGCGAUAUGAGAGAUGUUCGCACUCAGAACAACUUGCUGGAACCAACAGCGAUUCCCAGGGAAACUUGUCUUUGGAGCUAUUCAAGCUCACUACUAGAGCUGAAGUUUUACAAAAGAACAUAAGGAAUUAUGAAGGAGAGGAUUUGGAUCCCUUGAGUUUGAAGGAGCUUCAGAGUUUGGAGCACCAGCUCGACAAUGCUCUAAAGCGCAUCCGAAUGAAAAAGAACCAAAUCAUGAUGGAAUCCAUCUCAGAGCGGCACAAAAUGGAAAAGGCGCUGAAGGAUCAAAACAACAUGCUAGCCAAGAAGGUGAAGGAGAAAGAGAAGAAGGCACUGAUAACCCCACCCCAGCAAUAUCCAUUCGACUUCAAUGUUUCUCCGCCGCAGCUACCAUCACCACCUACUCUAACUCUUGGUGGAACUCGUGAAGAAGGAGGAGCCAUGUUGGUGGGGGACAAUGAAGCUGAAGCUGAAGCUGGUCCUAGUAACAACAUCGUCAUGCCACCUUGGAUGAUGUUUCAUAUGACUAGUUAGACUCUAUAUUUUGGGUGAUAUGGUUAAGGUGAUUAUAAUGUUGCAGGAACUUAAACUAAGGAGAUAUGUGGAGUAGCUACAUUUAUAACAUGUUUUGCUGUCUGUCUGUGUGUGUGGGUGUUGAUGUGUUGUGGUUGGGAAAUGCAGCCUCUGAAAUCUUAGGCUCCAGCAA